GAUGUUUUGAACUGGAGGUUUUUAAACUGCGGAAAGAAACACUGUAACGUUUCUAACAUACUACUCACCUCUAAAACCUAUACUAUAUUCUUUAAAUAACAGCAACAGACUGCUUCUGAAAUGCCAAAUCAGAGAGAGGGGGCCACUGAUGAUUCCCCUGCUGACCUUCCCUGUCUGGAAAAACUUGACUCUCCAACAGGGAGCUCACCCACAGCCUCAUUAUCCAGUCUAAUGGAGCUGGAAAAUUGCGUUUCCAACCUGAGUCUUGCACAUGAGAUAGUGGUGAACAGAGACUUCUGCUUCAAACCCCGAAAUCCUUCUACAGACAGCCUGGAGGGUAGAGUGACAGAAAUCGUUCACCGGGCCUUUUGGGACAGUCUUCAGGAGCAGCUGAACAGCGAUCCUCCAAACUACAGCCACGCUGUGCUUCUGCUGCAGGAAGUCAAAACUAUGCUUCAGUCCCUGCUCUUGCCUGCUCACGUCAGACUGAGGUCUCAGCUUGACGAGGUGCUGGAUAUGGAUCUGAUCAGGCAGGAGGUCGACCACGGGGCUCUGGACCUCCACCGACUGGCGGAAUUUGUUAUCAACACCAUGGCAUCUUUAUGUGCUCCGGUGCGCGACCCAGAAGUCAGAACACUGCGGGAUCUCAAGGAACCUGUGGAGCUCCUGAGGGAGAUCUUCCGUGUCUUGGGUCUCAUGAAGACCGACAUGGUUAACUUCACCAUUCAAAGCCUGAGGCCUCAUCUCAUGCAGCAGGCCAUACAGUACGAGCGGGCGAAAUUCCAGCAGAUCCUGGACAAGCAGCCAGAUUCUUUGGACAAUACCACUGCUUGGCUUCAGGCAGCAGCGUCUGAGGUGGUGUCGCCGUGUGAGCCACAGUCUGAUUCUCCCGGUCCUGACAGCCGCAGUCCUUUCAGCCCCACUGCUGUCCUCAACCGGGCCUACAUACGUCUUCUCCACUGGGACCCACAGGACCAGAAAUAUCCUGAGACCAUCCUGAUGGAUCGGGCCCGCCUGGAUGCUCUUGGUCAGCGGCUCCAGAUGUUGGUCCUGGAGGCGUCGGUGCUGCUCUUGACUAACGCUCAGUGCGGCUGCGUCGUUUUCUCCCUGCAGGGGUUUGUAGGUAAACUCAGGCAGUCCAUCACUGCCCUGCUGGAGGGCAGUCACACAAGGGAAGCUGACCUGAAGGGGGCCUUGUUGGGGAUUGGGGAGAUAGUAUUGCAGCAGAUGUCUGAAGCGCUGGCUACUCAGGGAGGUGCAGCACUGCCGCAGGAGAGCCAGGAUCUGCUGAAGGGACAAAUAUCUGAGCUGUGGAAACACAACAACCCAGUCUGCAUGCUUAUAGGAGAAAGGGUACAGGGUUUCCUCCAGGACACGCUGCGGGGCGGCCCUGCUAAAAGGAGUCCAGAGCUGCCUGCUCCCCUCGGGCUGCUGAGUGCUGAGCUAGUUGAGCUGGGGACGGCCUUUGGGCGAAUCGUCCACUUCAACCAAACAGUUUUUGGUCCCUUCUAUGCACCCAUCCUCAGGAAACUGCUGUUCCAGCCAGUAGGGGCCGAGGCUGGGGAGGACUCGCGCUAAACUGACCCUUUCAGUUUGUAGCUACAUUCUUAGGCAAUUUAAAGAAACAAAGGCACAGAACCAAAAUCCUGUGUUGCCUUAUACAUAUUUACUGCCUUAAAAAACCAAACACGUGAAAGAAAUUUUAGUAAUUCUGACCCAGGUGAAAGCUAUAAUUAUUAUAUUUAGCCAUUUUAAGAUGCUGAAUGUGAAUGAUUUGAGAAAUCAGAGCACCAAAGAACAUAUGAUGAGUCUGUAAAUAAUACUUAAGCUUUAAUAUGUAGCUCUUCAUGUUGAAAAAUGUUUAUGAGUAACUUACCAAAGACAGCAUGCACCUUUUCAAUAUUUUUAUUAUUAUUAUUUUUUUCUUGUUGAAUCAAAAAUAUACUUGUGUUUCUUUCAGUCGUUGACAUUGGAGGGGGUAUGUGCUACUAAACAAAUACCAAAGUGAUAUAUUUUUUCCACCAGCCAUUCAAAGACAUGAAAACACGUGAGCUUGAAAGAAAUUAUUGUUCACCUUGUUACAUUUUAAGCAAUAUUUCAGAAAAAAACUGUUACAGGAUGCACAUACAAUGGGAUAAGUUAAAUCCUAAAGGGGUCUUAUUUUAAAAUCGGUAUUUUUUUUUUUCUUUUUAAAAAAUACUAAUACGGUUUUUAGUAUAUUUCCCCCAUUACAUGUUAUUGUAGUGAAGCUUACAAGAGUCCUGUUUUAAAUGUAUGUACACGCUAACUUUUCAAAUGUUUGGAGUGACUGUGCUAUAGCUGACUGCCAACAAGCAAAGGAAGUAUUCAGAAACCAAUUUGUGCCCUUUUAUUUGCUUCUGGCACUAUUUUUGUAACCCAUUAACAAACUGUAUAAAAAAGAUGGACAUAGCCUUGGGGUCUAUAAAGUAAAACCAGUGCAUAAACACCUUAAACCUAGAUUCUUUAUAAUGGCCAGCAGGGGCCAAUUCUGGAAGCAGCCAAAAAAGUCAGACAGUGUACAAGUGAGGAAAAACUGCAGUUCCUUUAGUGACCACUUGUGUCUCCAUUGACUCUCAUGUUUAAUCCACAAGCUUGGUACAAAAACAAAUUUGGUCACAACUAUGCAGUUUUUUCUCCGCUCAUACAAUAAAUAAUAAUUAUAAAUGCAGAGCAGACAGUUGGUGAUUUCAUUGGUCGCUACCUUAGUGAUGCACCCAAUUGUGAUGAUACGAUACCUGGUAAAUUGUAUUUGUUUUUUAAGAAAAGACUUAUUAUACUUUCAAACAUACUUUUCAUAAAUAAAAUGUUAUCCAUCUAAUUUAUUCAAAUUCGUCUUAUUUUAGCUCUGCGAGUGACCACUGCAUACUGUCGUCCUUUACAGUGACACUUCUCAAAGUGCCUCGAGGCUACUACUGCUGUGAUUUGGCGCUAUAUAAAUGAAAUUCAAUUGAACUUCUCCUUUACCUGCUGUCGCUGUGAGCACACCUUUUAUGCAUGCGUGGGGUAAAGCCAAUAACAGAAACAUGAGAUGACAUAAUACCACAUGGAGUUGACAACAUGUUACUGUAUGUUACUGUAGUAAUGCAAUAAAAGCUUUUUAACAAGUGUUACACUGAGCAUAACAAGAGUGAGGACCAGCGAGAGUGAGCAAACAAGAGAGAGAAGCUGACAGAGAAAGCAUCAGAGUCUGAGCUUUUCAGCAAAUAAGUUAACUUAUAAGUCAUAAAUAAACUCCUAUUUCUUUGCUUUUAGCUUCCUCCAUGUUAGCUUCCUUGCUUUUGACUCAUGAAACACAGAAAUGAAAUUAAUUCAGUAAAAUAUAGAUUUAAAUUGAACAGAAUGAUCCAUUGGUAGCAGAUCCAAAUAUCAGAUCAAUCCGCCCCUAUCUACAUCCACCUUUUAUAUUCAGUCAAUCAAUUUCAGUAAAGAUAAAGUUUAUAUUAACUUUUGCCAGUGUUGCUUUGUUGUUUUCUAAUACUUCAUGCUACAGUCACACUAGGUAAAGCAGCGGUAGGAGACCAUGGCACGACCAAAAUUAUUGCAUCCCGUUGGAAUCUUACUGCCUUUAAAAUGGUUACUUUAAAGACAGCGAGCACGUCUGCAGUCAGGUAUUUUCAAAAUGACUGUGGUGCUUCAAAAAAGCGCUAAAGCAGCACAGCCAGUCUGCUAUCAGUUUGUGGCUGAAUGGAGUCAAGUUGGCAGUUACAUUGGGUUUGUGAAAAUACAGCAAUUAAAUGUGAUAAAUGAGUGAAAAUCUCAAAUGCUUCAGGAAUUCUCAUUAAACAGAAACCGACAUUAACUUAUAUUCAGUGGGGCCCAGCAAGCUCCUCAUAGAUUUGAAAUUCCUCCUCAAAUACUCACAUAGUUGCUGCAGGAGAGCAGGCAGGUUGUACUCAUCGGAGUAGACUAACUCAGAUUGUUUGCCAGUCUGUCUCGCUUUAUAAAUUAAAUGGCAAUUAUUUGACUUUCUGGGGAUUAACGGUGACCAAUGCAGUCGUCUUGCAGUCCAGUGUGCUUGUCCAGAGGUUUAGGGUGAUGCUCGCUCAACCUCUGGUUGACCACUUGGUCGCCACAACUAUAGUCAAUCAGUCUCCAGUUGCAAAAACUGACUAAACGAAUGGAUUCAAACACAAAGCAAUGGGCAAUUUUUUUUUCCUGCUUUUACUGUAGUGUGACUGAGCUGUUAGGUUUGAGAGCUAUGCAGAAUGACCCAAUAUGCAUUUUAAAGAGUCAGCUUUUCAUUUUCUAUUUAAAUUAAAUUUAUACCCAUAGCUGGAAUGUAGCUAAAAUAAAACAUUUCUAAAACAAUGCCAGUUUUGAAGAAUUGUAUUCAUACGGUUAGCAAAAACAUGCAAAAAAAGGACAGGUAAUUCUCAUUUAACUUUGACUUUGCUGUACGUCCCAACAGAACUGAUAAACAUAUACCUGACAGAAAAAUGUUUCUUCAUGUUGUGCAAAUGCUACGUUUACUGUGUUGAAUACUGAUGUGUGUGUUUUCACCAGGCACCUGGAUGCUUGGCUCUGACUUGAAUGCAGUUGGAGACAUGAGAGAAACAGAGACUGGGGGCUAAUCGUUUGUUUAGAAUAAAAAGUUGCACCACCCACUAAUCUCUUUGGCAGCAGAAAGAGUGAAAGUAUAAUUGUACAUUAAUUACCAUGUUUGUUGUAUUUGUCACUUUAAAUUUUAAUCAGCUGGUGUAAUGUUUCUGCUUU